UGCCUCUCUCCCUCCUUCCUUAGAAUACCCACUUUCAUUCUCCUCCAAGCUCACAAAACAGAAUAAGGAUGAACAGCGGGGUGUGUAUGUGUGUGAUUCUGGCUGCGCUUUCUGCCUCCUGUUUGGCUCGGCCCCGCUCCUCUUCCUCUGAGACUGAUGAUAGCCCUAUCCCCUCACAGCUGGACACCAGUUUAAGCGGGCAACACCGGGUCGUCCGCUCCACCAGCCUUACCCUCAAACAGCAACAGGCAGGCGACACAGACCCAGACACACGUGCCAACCUCAGCGAACUGCUGGCCAAACUCAUCUCUAAAAAAGGCUCUGUUCGUCGCAACUCCUCCUUGAACAACAGAGCAAACAGCAUUAACCACCGGAUAAAAGAUCGGGAUUAUGUGGGCUGGAUGGAUUUUGGUCGCCGGAGUGCUGAGGAAUAUGAAUACUCAUCAUAAAAUCCAUAUCAUCUGGUUCCUCAUCUACAAAUAAAGAGUAUAUUUAUUACUGCUAUUGUUAUUAUUAUUCUAAUGUACAUUUGUUAAGAAACCAUUAUAAUGCAGAAUAGACAUAUGCCGAAUUUUACUGAAAAAGACAAAAGUCUGAAAGUUUUGUUUUUAAAUCUUGUAAUUUUAUUUGAUUUUAUUUGUCACAGUGGUUUUGCAUAAAUGAGAACCAUUAAGCUAAUGUGUUUGUCAGACUCAUGAAACCACAGUUUUCAAUAAAUCAGGUCAUCAUUCAACUUUGGCCUUAAAUCUUA